AUGGGGAUACCACUGCCGGCAUGUGUCAUGUUUACGCUGUUUUGCCUGGCUGUACCUGUCUUCAUGUCCUACAAUGGCGGCGCGACCGCAGCAACGGUCGAUACAAUUCAAAGCGAAGGUCACUGGAGCCCUGCCGGGAUCGGGCUCCUUGGAGCGAUGGACAAGAUUGGGAUGACGAUGGCUGCAGCAUUCUGGGGCUACAUGCUUCAGCGCGCUGGCUCCAAACAGUUGCUCUGCCUAGGACUGCUCAUCAACGCCACCUCCACCCUGAUCUUUGCAACCUUGAGAAGCCCAGUCGCAAUGUGCCUGGCGAAGCUAUUGAUUGGCUUCACCGAGAGCUUGCAGUGGGUGUGGUGCCCACUAUGGAUCGGCAAGUGGGCUCCUCCGGCGUCCCUACCUGUCUGGAUGAACCUAUCAGGAGGUGGGGUCGCGUCAGGACUGGGCAACGGCCUAGGCACCAUCAUCGCCGGGCUCACAACGGCCCAGGGCUGUUCCUAUGAGCUGGCCUUCCAGAUCGAGGCUGGCGUCUUGUUUGCCCUGUGGGUGGCCCUGGCGCUAACGGAUUGGCAGCAGUUUACGAUCCGCGACGACUCCCUGGAGCCAUUCGCUAAGAUGAAAUCGCCGAGGAAGCGAGUGGUGCGGCUAGCCAACGAGAGCUUGGACGAGCAUCUAGUUGCACCAACCGAUGCAGCCGGCGCCGACUGUGAAGAGGCGCAAAGCCUGAAGGGCCAGCUCAGAGAGCUUUGGGAAAAUCCCCUCUUCUGCUACUGUGCCAUGGCGUACGCCUCUGCCAACUACGUCAACAGUGCCCUACAGUUCUUAUGGGUUCGCGUCUUCGGCGAACUUUGGUCCUUGAACAAGGACUGGUGCGUGCUCAGUUUCCUGGUGAUCUCCGCGACAAGUGGCGCUCUAGGCAUAUCCGUGGCCAGCUGCAAUCGUGUGGAGCACGAUGAUGCCGGGAAGGUCGCAACCUUGAGGUUCAUUCACCGCGCUUUCUCCGGGGCCGUGCUCGGGGCGCUCGUAGCCGCUGUGGGUGUGGCUUGCGGGAUCGCGCCACAGCUCCACCAGGAACAGCCCCCUAGCUUCGAACUCAAGAGCAUCAUUGUGUGCUGGCUGGGUUGUGCCAUGGUCCUGGUGGGCGUGACGGCCGUGCCCGGGCUGCUUCAGAUAGUUUGCAUCCAGUCGGUGGAGGAGCCUGGCCUCCGCAGCUUCGCAACGGGCUUGAGCCAAGGUGCUAACAACCUGCUUGGUUUUGCGAUGGGACCUUUACUCCCACAGCUUGCGAUGGACUUCGUGGAGUACCACCUCGGCUUCGACCGGCACAAAGCCUUGGCCUUUGCCUUGCUCACGGCCUUGGUGGGCACAUCAGUCGGCGCCUUCUGCACAACCCUCGCGGCAGCUUCGGUGGGACUUUGCAAUUCUGCAGUAUCAGAUAGUGACAUCGAGAACGAGACCACGACUGAGGCCAGCACACGAACCACCUCCGACACGGAGUCUUCGUCGCUGUCCGGUGAGCGCAAAUGUGGGAUUAUGAGCCAGGAUGUGGCCUUCCACAGGAGAAUCGUGCAGCCCACGUCCUGGCCCUGCGCCUUUUGGUUGGUCAGAAGUGAUGCCAGCAUGCACGACCUGCGCAAGGGUGCAGUGGCUGGGGUGGGCCGCAUCUCAGAGAUUGAGGGGGGCGGAUCGGGGAUCCCAUGCCUCAAGGCACCUAUCUCGUCGAUCGCGCAAGGAGAUGCCAGGUCGCUGCACGAUGUCGCCGUAGAGGAGGGUCUCGAGGGGGACCGCCACCCCUUCGAGGGCAUCGGUGCCCUGAGUGCGGGUGCAUCCUCGAGGCUGCUGCAGGACUACCCUGCCAAACAGCGGGAUCUGAUCCUGGACCUCCUCUUCAAGCCACAGUACGGGGCCUCACUCCAGAUACUGAAAGUGGAAAUCGGCGCAGACACACAGUCGACAGAUGGCACAGAGCCCUCGCACAUGCGGUAUCGAGGUGAGCCACCAGACUGUCUGCGAGGCUAUGAGGCUUGGCUGCUCAAAGAGGCGAAGGCAAGGAACCCGCAGAUCCUGACUUAUGGCCUAGCCUGGGGCGCCCCGGGCUGGAUUGGGAAUGGCACGUUUUUCAGCGAGGACAACAUAUUUUAUCACGUCUCCUGGUUGAAGUGCAUCAAGGAGACCUUGGGCAUUGAAAUUGACUAUGUUGGAAUUUGGAACGAGCGAGACUGGGGUGCACCGUGGUAUGUGUACGACCUUGCUGCCGGCAUCAAGGCAGCUAACCUGACAACCAAGUUGGUGAUGCUUGACGCAGUGCCAUCGCAGGUCCCGGCUGACUUCCUCGCUCACUUCGAGAAGGACGAGCGCUUCCAAGAGCUCAUAGCCGCUGUCGGCCUGCACUAUCCUUGCAGCCCCAAUGAGCAGCUCAGCGAUGCUCUGAGACCCCACCCCUCCACGCGCCUGUGGUCGUCGGAGGAAACCUCCACAGUGGCCGACUGGGGUGGUGCUGGCUGCUGGGGCAGGAUGAUCAACCAAAACUACGUUCGCAUGAACGCGACCUCGUCCAUCGCUUGGUCCUUGAUUUGGAGCGUCUACCCAAACUUGGAGUGCUUCGGAAAUGGCCUGCUCUACGCGUUUGAGCCUUGGAGUGGCAACUACGAGGUGCUGGCGCCGGUAUGGAUGUCCGCUCACACCACCCAGUUCACCAAAGUCGGAUGGGUGUAUCUGCCGCCUGGCCAGGGUGCGGGCAACUUGCCGGAGGGCGGGACCUACGUCACCACUGCAAGCGCCGACCUGACCGAGUUCACCCUGGUCCUCGAGACCUUGCAAGGAAGCUGCAUGUACAAUGGCGGCUGCUUCCACAGCGUCAAGGCAAAUGCCACACAGAGCCUGCGGCUCCAGCUCAGCAGCAGACUCGCUUCUGCAGCACGUGGCCGAGCUCUUGAGGUGUGGGCUACCAAUAGCACGCACUGGUUCCAGCGCUUACCCGACAUGCACGUGAGCGAGCAAGGUGUCUUGAGGAUCGAGAUCCCGGUGGAUGCCAUCAUCACGAUCAGUACUCUGGCGGGGGCCACCAAGCAGGGAAACCGCACGGCUGUAGGCGUUCCGAUCGAGGCCUCGGAGGUGCAAGGUCAGAUGCGUGCAUUUCCGAACACGGACUUCGAGUCACAGCCUCUCCGGCGCGCCCCCGCCUUCUUCGCAGACCAGGGUGGGGCCUUCGAGGUCGUCGAGGCACCAGCCCCGGCCGCCGGCACAGCCGGUUCAAGGAGCAUUCUUCUCACCACACGCGUCCUCGAACAGCAGGUCACAGAGCCCCCAAUCGGCUGGGGACCUGCGACGCAGCCGCUGACUAUGCUGGGAGGUUCGACGCUUAGAACGUGGGAGGCUUUGAAAGGCCUGGCCCUGGACUUGCCACGCCCCUGGUGCCCUUCGGCCACUUGGUGGCAGCAGGGUCCCAGUCUGAGUGGCCACGCCGUGGCAAGCAACUUCGCAUCCCUGAAAGGGCCGGGCGUCCUCAAGCCGUCGGUGGAAUCGACGCCUCCCAAGGAGGUGCCUACACCCAGGCAGGUCGUCCUUUGCCUCCGGGCUGCGCGCUACACCUUCUUCGGCACAGGUGGUGGCCAGCCCGAAGGCUACUGCGUCCGGAUCAUCCAGAACAACACUUCCUCACGCCCGGCCUGGUUGCUGACGAUCUCCUCGAAGAUCGUGGCCUCGGGAUACCUGAGCGCAGAGAGCGCCCAGGAGGUCGUUCGGGGAGGCUGGCUGCGACUGAAGUUGGAGGCCCGCAAAGCUCGCAUCACGGCAUAUGUGGAGGGCGCCAAGGUUGCCGAGGUCCUUGAUGUGAGCUAUCCGCUUGGACAGGUUGCUCUUGGUUGUGGCUACCACAAGUGCCAGUUUGACAACCUCGAGGUGCACCCCAAGGAUGCAGAGGACAAGCACGUCACUGGCCUGCUGGCGACAUCCAGACCGCUGCUGAAGCAGUAUGAUCCAGACGCUUGGUUUGCAGUAGUAAGUAGCUGUGAUCCAUCGCCGACUCCAACCAAACAGCGAACAGACUUCACCGGUCUGAUUGGCCUAGCUUUUGUUCCACAGCAGCCCACCGCUGUGACGGCUUUGGGCCGUAUGGCUUUGCGGGGUAGCCAAUCGCUGUAUGCAGCACACAGCGUGGAGCUCCUGGAGUUGGAUGAAAUUUCGGGCCUGCACCCUUUAGCAGUGGUGGCGGUAUCGACUCUGGAUACACAGCAGGCCGGUGUCAUCAUGACGGACGAGGGUUUCCAUUAUGCUGAACUCGCGGACGAGGCGGCGCUCGCCGUGCCAGCAGACGGCCUGAAAAUCGUAGGACCCGUGUGCGCCCCUUGGAAUGGGGAAAGCUGGUACGCAGAUGAGCAGGAGGGGUGGCGCUUUGAUGCCUCUCCGAACCUGCUGUAUGGACCUCUGUCUGCCCUGAAGCUUGGAACAGAGACAGAGUCACGCUGGGAGCUGCGCGGAGCAUGGUGUAGCAGCACCAUAAAGGAUGUGCUGGACAGGUGGCGAAGUCCCCUCCCUGCAGUGCUGACUGCGAUCAGCAACACCGGCACCUGGGCCCAGGGAGUGUCCACGGCCCGUGGUCUGCGCGCGCUUUCGUGCCUGGAUGCCAAUGAGGAUGCGCGCACCGGCAGUUUCAAGUGGCUCUUCGGCAUCGGGGUAGCCGCGCUUUGGGUGCUGGUCAUGGUGGUGGGGAGCGGCAGGCUCCCCGACUUCCAGCAGCACUACAUCUUCCCGGCUUCGGGCAAGCUGGGUGUGGACCCCUGCGCCUCACUGCAGGCGGACGCUGAGCGCGGGACUCCGAAGUCGGUGCAGGGGGAACUCGUGCUGGUCACUGGGGGCUCCGGCUUCAUUGGGAGCCACCUCGUUGAGGAGCUCCUUGAGUUGGGUUACACGGUCCGCGUCUUUGACAACCUCGAGACGGGGAACCUCCAGUUUCUGAACCUGAGACAUCCCAAGCUGCAAUUCGUCUUGGGGGACAUCCUGGACAUCGAGGCUUUGAGGAAAGCCAUGGUGGAUGUGCGCGGCAUUUUCCACUUGGGUGCUGCUAGCAAAGUUCUGCCGUCUCUGAAGAAUCCCGCGAUGGGAACCUUCAACGUGGAGCGCAACUCCGUCGGGACGAGCCGAGUACUGGAGGCCGCCAACGAAACAAUGCUGGUGCGCAAGGUUGUUUAUGCAGCAUCUUCUACAUACUAUGGCAACCAGGGUGUUCCCUUCGUGGAGACGGACCCAUUCAUGCCCACCUCCCCAUACGCUGCUUCAAAGUACAUGGGUGAACUAGUCAUGCUCACCAACGAUGCGCUUUACAAGCUGCCGACGUUGAACCUGCGUUUCUUUAUGGUGUAUGGGCCGCGCAAUCCCGCACACGGUGCAUAUGCGAUUGUAACUGGGAAGUUCAUCGACCGCCUGAAGCAAGGACUCCCCCUUGUCAUCGAAGGUGAUGGGCGGAACUUCCGUGACUUCGUCCAUGUAAAAGACGUUGCACGAGCCUUGAUCCUGGGAUAUCAGAGUGACGUCCAUGGCACCUCCAUCAACAUCGGCUCGGGUGAGAAGCACUCCGUGAAGGAGGUUGCAAACCUGGUGUCAUCAAACCAGGAACAUGUGGCAGCCAGAAAGAAUGACCUCCUCGGAACGCUGGCGGACACUUGCAGGGCAAAGAAGCUGCUGAACUUCCAGGUGCGACAUGACUUCCUUUUCAGCAUGCAGGGGAUGAUCAAGGAGGCCCUGGCCGGAAAGUCCGACUACUUUGCUCCCAUGUGGGAAGAGCCAGGGGUCCAGGAUAGACUGGAAACGCAGUUCCCUGGAUGGAAGGGCCUGCCUGGCCACGAAAGAAAUGCGAAGCUGAGAGAAGCCCUCGUGCACAGUGAGACCUUUCGGCAGAUCGUGGAUGCGCUGUGA